AUGCCUUUCGGCCUCUGUAACGCGGCUGCUACAUUCCAACGGCUGAUGCAGGUAGUGUUGUCACACCUCUAUCCGCGCCAGUGCCUCAUCUACCUUGACGACGUUAUUGUCUUUGGCAAAACUAUCGCCCAGCAUAACGAUAAUCUACGCGCCGUGCUCCUAGCGUUACGCGAGGCAGGCCUUACGCUUAAUCCACAGAAGUGCCAAUUCUUGCGAGAGAAGGUUAAUUACCUAGGACACGAAGUCAGCCCGUCGGGUAUCAAAGUCUCAGCCGAAAAGGCGGGAGCUAUUCUCACUUGGCCGACGCCAAACUCCACCACGGAAGUCAGAAGUUUUAUCGGGUUGGCGUCCUAUUACAGACGGUUUAUUCGCGAUUUUGCAGGUAUUGCGCGUCCGUUACACCGACUUACAGAGAAAGGGCGCGAAUUUCGUUGGACGGACGAAUGCCAGGCCGCGUUUGAUGAGCUGAGAACCCGCCUGUCGAGAGCACCGAUACUUAUGCUCCCCAAUACCACCGAGACGGCGCCACCCUUCGUACUGGACACGGAUGCCAGUGCCUUCGCCAUGGGAGGCGUACUUUCGCAAUCCGACGAUAACGGCCUAGAACGCGUUAUCUGUUUCGCUAGUAAAACACUCACCAAGCCACAACGAAAUUACUGCACAUAUCGACGUGAAUUUUUGGCCAUAGUCACCUUCGUCAAACAAUUUCGGCCAUAUCUGCUAGGAAAGCCGUUCGUCAUACGCUCCGAUCAUAAGGCUCUGCAAUGGCUACAAAACACGAAGGACGCAGAGGGUCAACUUGCUCGCUGGCAGGAAAUGUUACAGGAAUAUCAUUUCACUUGUACAUAUCGUCCCGGGAAACAACACGGCAACGCCGACGCCUUGUCUCGACGGCCAACAACGCCAGCCACACACGAUGAAGACCGCGCGAUAGGCGAAAUAAACGCUAUUUACGCCAGCGAACCAGCUAGACACCAUUGGGCAAUAGCCCAGAGCCCAGACUCGGAUACCGCAGUAGUUUACGACCACCUGUUAAACCGGCGACACCGUCCUACGGACGAUGAAUUGCGGGGGUCGUCAGAAGAAGCACAUAUAUUGCGGAGCCAAUGGCCACGGCUUCAUAUCGACGAAGAUAUCCUUCUCAUUAAGGACGAGAGCACAAAAGCCGACAGAGUAGCAGUACCAGGCAGCCUCGUACACGUGGUCCUCACGGAUCUACACAACGAGUUAGGCCACGUCGGGCAAGCCAAGACAGAAGCAGCCACUCGGCAACGAUUUUGGUGGCCCCACCUAAGAGGACACGUCGCCACCUUCUGCAAUACAUGCACCACGUGCGCUAAGUUCAAAGCACCUAGACAACUCCCACGUGCACCGUUGCAACCCAUGCACACUAGCUUUCCGUUCCAGCGGCUGGGCCUGGACAUCAUCGGCCCCCUCCCCUUUACGACAACCGGUCAUCGGUUAAUACUGGUGAUGGUGGAUUAUUUCACCAAAUGGGCGGAGGCUGUGCCGCUAUUACGCCAAGACGCAGUGUCGCUCACCAACGCAAUCUUUAACAACUGGAUUUGCCGGUUCGGUGUUCCGUUGUCGAUACAUUCCGACUGCGGGGCUAACUUCGAUAGCAAACUGCUGCAAGAGGUCUGUGACCUCCUCGAUAUAUACAAGACCCGCACCACCCCAGCACAUCCCGAAGGCAACGGAUUGGUGGAACGAACCAACCGUACCCUGAAUCAACUGUUGAAGGCGUUCGCGGAAGACCAUAAUUCCCACGACUGGGAUAAACGACUACCGUGUGCCAUGGUGGCGUACCGUGCUAACACACACACGUCAACGGGCUACCAACCUUUCUUUAUGCUAACAGGACGUCAAAUUCGCCUUCCCGCAGAUUCACGGUUCCCACAACACGCCGCCAACGAAUACGCACCAGAUAGCUACGUAUGGCAGCUGCAGGAUUUGCUACGCUCCACUUGCACCCUCGCACGUAACCACCUAGGAGCGGCCGCCGAACGACAGAAAACAUACUUUGACCGUCAGGUCCACGGCAACCCCUACUAA